AAAAUCAGAACCUUUAUCACCAAUCCCAUCUCAGUAUGAACAUCAGUUUAAUCACUUUGAAGACUUUGAACUAAAGGAAGUCAUAGGCUAUGGCUCGUCUGCUAUUGUUUACAAGGCUAUUUACAAACCUUUAAAUAGAAGAAUGGCCCUGAAAAUGAUUGAUCUCGACAUGUUUGAACGCAAUCAGAUAGAUGAGCUUCGAAGAGAAACAUCCUUGAUGGCACUUUCCAAGCACGCCAAUGUACUUAGAGUGUAUGGAUCUUUUUUGCAUGGCACCAAACUAUAUAUCGUUACACCUUAUUUAGCAGGCGGGUCAUGUCUUGAUAUUAUGAAGACACGAUUUUCAGAAGGAUUAGAUGAAUUUAGUAUUGCGAUUAUCCUGAAACAAGCACUAGAGGGAUUAGUUUAUUUACACAAAAAUGGUCAUAUUCACAGAGAUGUAAAGGCGGGGAAUCUAUUAAUGGAUGAGGAUGGCACUGUUUUACUGGGUGAUUUUGGUGUCUCUUCUUCUUUAAUGGAAACUGGUGAGAAGGGUAUGAGAAAGACAUUUGUAGGCACUCCUUGUUGGAUGGCACCUGAAGUGAUGGAACAAGCAGAAUAUGAUUACAAGGCUGAUAUUUGGAGUUUUGGUAUUACCGCUAUAGAAUUAGCCACAGGUCAUGCUCCCUUUGCUAAAUAUCCCCCACUAAAAGUGUUAAUGAUGACCCUUUCGAGUGAUCCACCUACUCUGGAAAGAGAGACAACAAGUCAUAAAUAUUCUAAAUUAUUCAAAGAUAUGAUUGACCUUUGUUUACAAAAGGAUCCACAUAAACGACCUACAGCAGAAAAGCUGACGCUUCACCCAUUCUUUAAGCAGACAAAACGAAAAGAUUACAUCAUUAAAAAUAUAUUGUCAGAACUUCCCGCUUUGGAACAAAGACCACGCAAACACAACCCUCACCAAAAACAGGCAAAGGCAGCAACACCAACAACAUCAACAGACGAAUGGGAUUUUAAUGAAAAUAACAAUGAACAGCAACAUAUUGUACCUUUACCAGAAGAGAAUACAAAGAGGUACAUGCCACCAAAGAGACACAUCUCUUUUGGGGAUGUGAUUGUAAGAAGUAAUAGUGUAUCAGGUGAAGCAGCUCUUCCUCCGUCUUCUUAUUCUUCAUCUCCUCCUCCUGUGGGAACUCCACCUAGAAAAUCACGUUUUGUUAUAGAAGAUGGUUCACGUGAACCUGUUGCUACUACUAAUAGUCACCAUAGUACUGAAAUGAUGGUAUCUAACUCUUCUCAUUCAAUGCUAGAAGAAGAUGGUCAUGACGAAGUCACAAAAGGUAGAUUUCACUUGAAUCAAGCUUCAAAACAGUUACACGAAGAUGAGUUCGUUUCUCACCUUUAUAAUGUUACAAAUCCAGAGCAUGACAGAAAAUCAUCAACCCGUUUUGAAAUGCAUUCCAAUCCAUCACCCAUCCUACUUUCACGUGAGAGUUCCUUAUCAUCAUCACCACUCACCCGUGAAUCAUCACGCAAUAGACACAACACAACCGGAUCAGGGGAUACCGUCUUGACAGAAUCGUCGGCAUCAAGAAAAAUUGGUAGAUUUGAACUGACAACAUCCAGUAAUAAUAAUCAUAGUAGUAGUGGAAGUACAGAAUCACUCCAUCCUUACGACACAACAAAGUCAUCCUCAUCUGCAACGUCAACACUCUCCAUGCAGUUGGAUGAACUGAUAAGGUUUAAUGAAACACAGAAAUCAAUGCUGCAAGAAUUGAGUUUUGCAUUAGUAAAAAACAAAGAUAAUCAAGCGAAUAAUAAUUAUAAUUAUUACAAGAAAGAAACGGAAGAACGAUUCAACAACAAAUGGCAAACUCCAAUAUCUCAAGAUCUCUCAACCACAUUGGAUCAUCUUGAUAAACUGGUUCAACUUACACUUAAAGAAAAUGCUCAACUACAAAAAGAGAAUGACUAUCUAAGACGCGAAUUAUCAGAAUUAAAAGCAAAAUAUCAAUAAUAAAACACAAGUGGCAUUGCAAGUUGUACAAUAACAAUUCACUAUCCGCC